AUGUCAAUUAUCGUACGAAUCUGCGCUGUAAUUGAACCGUCCUGGAUUUCUAUUUCUUACUCGACCCAGGGCUUUAGCAGCCAAGGCUCUGUUGAAGUUGUUCAUGGAGGCACUCGAGAUAGGCUCAUUCCGAAUGAGGUAUCUGUCAUGGGCACAGACUCGGAGUCAUCCACCACUACAGCAACAUCUGCCACCCCAGAUCCGCGCAAAGAGCUAAACGCCAUAUUCGAGAAGUACAGAGGCCUCAUCGAUAAACGAAGAAAUAUUCCGAUGAAGACCCUUAGCGCCACGCCCAUUGAUCCAGUAACUGACGUACACAAGAACAUGAUCUGGGCUAUCGGAAGCUGCCAGGCCGAGAGUCGGCGGUUGAGCGAGGAGGACGCAAAACUGAGUGCAUAUAUCGAGGCAGUAAUGUCCCAUCGAGAACAGUCCAAGUCAUACGCGAGGGUCCUGCUCGAAUCUACAGCAGCGUUGCUCUCGGGUUGCCCACAGUCUUCUCUCAUCACAGCUACAACACAGUCUCGAGAGAUGAACUCCGACGCGGGACUCCGAGGCAGCGAUAUCCAUUUUCGAUCGGCAGACAGGUCAAGAACAGUUCGUACUAGAGACAACAUUAAUAACCAGCGACCAAGCCGUGGCCGACCUCCUACAGUAGUCUCGAUGACACCCGCGCCUAAUGAAGCUACUUCAUCCGACGAAGCCAACCCGUCUGACUCUACCGAGCCUGCUGACGAAGCCAGUCUGUCCAACGAAGCAAGCCCUCUCGGCGAAGUCAUCCCUUCCGACACAGGCAGUCCAUCCGAGACACCUUAUCUGCCCGAUGGAGUACAACCUUCUGACAAGUCAUGCCACGAGGCUACUCUGUCUGACGAAGCAUAUCCGUCUGUCGUAGCGGCCACGGCAGGAUCAUGUCAGCGCCCUAGGUCACCACGGCCUCAAGUCCAAAGUAAUAAACAAGGCCCUCAGAGAUCUCGUCCGAGUCAGAAAGGACCAACGUUACUCCGUGACGCUGUCGAAAAGGCGAGUUUGACCCGACUUGAGGCACUUCAGUGCGCCUGGCAUGUUUGCUUCUUCGCACGGCAUCGGCCUGACACCGGUCCAUUUAUCAAUAAGAGUGAGGCAACCUAUCUGGACCAGCUGUGGGCAAGUGCCCAGUACUACCGCUAUCUGCGCAAGAUAUCAGACUCCCAAAAGCAUUAUGCGGCCGUUGCCGAGCGAUUCUUCCUUAUCCUCACAGCUGAGGAGUAUCACGCACGAUACGACGAGGCUGCUGCCAGUGGACUACUAGAUCAGCUAAAGAUGGCGAUCAUUGACCAUCUUUUCCCGGCAACAAUGGCAGUUGAGGCAAGAGGCGAAACGGGAGCGGACAAAGAAAAGCUGCGAUCGAAGUUGGACUACCGAAUUCGCAUGGCGGCAAGGCUAGCUGCAGCGGUCCGACAAUAUGGCUUUGGCCUCCUCAUACGUUUUCAGUUUCACAACGGACACCUCCACAAAAUCAACAACCUGGAGAUCACAGAGUUCGUUGACACCAUCGAUGUGGACCGUCCGAAUCUUAGAGAAGAUAUGUGCAACUUAUCUCUCAUCCUGCCAAAACUACUCAUGUGGGGCUCGCCGCCUUGCAAGCUGGCUAUUGAAAGGGUACCGUACGAGGACUUGAACCAGUUUGAAGACAAGCCACUUGACGACUUGUUCUCAUUCCCGGACCAGCCUAAUUACAGUUCCCCAGAGAACGUGCCGCGGCUGCCAUACAUUGCAUGCUGGCCCAGCGUAGCUGGAGAUUGUGCCGAUCAACUUGGUCAAGAGCCGCGCCGAGCCGUUGAGACACAGUAUGAGGACCCGCCGCCGCCGCCGCCGCCGUGUAGCAGGUUGCCGCAAACUCAAGUGAACAGUACGUCGCAUCAUGUGGACAUGGAACCUUUGCCGCGGCCCUUGUCAGAUGCCGAAGCUUGCGUUGAAAACCGGCCGGAAGCGUGUCUCCAUACUCAAGAGUUCGUUCAGGCUAUGCCAGAGUCGCAAACCGAGAGCGAACUGCGCAACAUGUCUAACCUUUCGAGCUCAGCUACUGGCUGGAUGACUGGGCUCGUGCAGAACUCCAGCGAUGAGUUCGAGAACCUUCAAUCAGUCACACUACUUCUAAGUAAGGCACUGGAGUGGUGUGUCAGCCCUGCAGACCUCAUCAUCAAUGGGGAAGAGCUAAGUGCUCAGGCGUUCCAAAAUGGCUACUCGCCGACUAUGGUUGAUGUUGAUGUUGAAUGGGACGAAAUGUUGAAUGGGACGAAAUGUUGA